AUGUCAAACAACGAGGACACAGAGGGAGUUAUACCUGUGUUGGACACAAAGAAGGCAAACAACAACGUGGAAAGGUAAACCUCACAGUAUUCCAUUUUAAAUACACAGACAAUGUAUUAGGUCAAAUUUAACUGAUAUGUUUGGAGUAAAUUCUUAUUCUUCUUUUUAUCUGAAGUUUUCAUUUUGACAAACAUCACCUGAGUAUCCACCAUGUCAGUUGUGCUGAGGGCUGUGUCUGUGCUCAUGUCACCAUGACUACGAACUGGUUUUUCCACCUGAAACUGUUCUGGGAACUGCCAGGAUUUAAGUAUUUGACUGGUUUGAGCUCACAUUGCAUUGAGAUACGUAAAUGUUGUUUGUGCAAGUACCACAUUUAAUAAAUAUAAUAAAUGGAAGACACAAAUGCAGGGCCGUCCUACUGUCCUUACUAAGCAGUUCACUUACUUUUUUUCUAAUCUGCAAGUUUUUUGACACGCUCAUGAAGUUGCCCCAAAAUGUUCUUCUAGUUUUUUUCUUUGAACCCCAAACUAACUUAUUUAUAUCCCAAAAUGAAUGUCUCAGUCUCCCCAGUGUGAGGAGUUGCUCAAUCUGUUUUUGUAUAAUCUUAACGCUUCGGUUUUUAAACAUUCAUCCUGUAAACCAAAUGGUCUGUAGAUGCUUUUGUUGGAGCUUUAAUGACAUUUCUGAGUGCUAACCCCUUAACUCCUGUUCCUUUAGCGAUAGACAGGUUAAUUAAAAAUGGUUGAUGAUAGUUGCAUAAGACUCUGCAGCAUUAGAUAUCAAUCACAUAAUGUACAUAUUCGCAAGCCACUUGCAAACUGUUCCGAUCUUAAUGUAACUCCAGGGACUGUUCGACCAAGACAUCACAGAAAGUCGCAGGCAUCCAGCAUUGCCAUGACAACAACCACACACUACAGGAUCGCAACAAAGAGAAGAAAGUUGUCAGGCAGAGGCUGUAUUUGGUCUCAGCCGUCUGCCUGAUUUUUGUGAUUGGUGAAAUCCUCGGUAAGUCUUUACCUUCUUCAUAUUGACUUAUCAAACAGAUGUCUUAUAAUUUACUGUUGUCUUGAUUGUUUUAAGAUUAUUACUUAUUUAUUCACAAACUCCUCGAUUGGGCAAUUCUCUGUUUAUUACUUUCUGCAGGUGGGUAUUUUGCCGGCAGUCUUGCUGUGAUGACAGACGCUGCCCACCUGUUGGUAGACUUGAUCAGCUUCAUCAUCAGCCUGAUAUCCCUCUGGCUCUCCACUAGACCCGCCACACACAAGCUGAGCUUUGGCUGGCAUCGAGCAGGUGUGGUGUUCAUGUCGCUUAUUCAUCAUUAGCUGUCAGGUUUCCUGACUGACACCGACAUUUGACAUUAUAACAGUAUGGAACCAAAAAAUUCAACUGACUAAAGGAGAACUAGUGUGUUAAAGAGGUCUUUACAGUUCAUUGAGUUUUACUUUGAGGGGCGAUGGUUGAGACAACUCAUCCUGGGUUAUGGUACCAUACAAACCAAUACAUUUAACCUUCCUCCUGUGUUAGCUUUUACUAUGCACUGUGUCUUCAAUCAGCUGUAAAUUACACUAAAAACAUUUCUCUAUCAUCCAAUUUGGUUCUCAUCUCUAGGUUACCUUGUAAGGAUUCAUUAUCUAUGAAAAUAUUGCUUAUAAUAUUUUUGUUGUGGGCCUCUGGGCCUUUCUUUGUCAGUAUACCCUCAUACAGACAUCUAUACUGAAUUGAUCUCACAUGUCUGGACAUACCUGAGGCUGUUUUUUGUGCAGGGAAAAAUAAGGCAAAAUGAGGAUUUCCUAAAUCUCACAUGGUGCCAGUCAGUGCCAUAAUUUUAAUAAGAGCAUUUUAUAAUUUAGUCAAUUUAAAUUUUUUAUUUUUAUUUUAUUAAUAUAGAGUUUCCUGACAAAUUCAAAAAGUAUUGAUGCAAAAAAGCUAAUUUAUGUGGUUCUUUUAAGCAUUUAAAAACAAAACCAGGUCGGUGUAGACCCUAACACAGGAGGAGGGUUAAAUGCAAUAUUAUAGGAGGCAAUGAAUGAAUGAAAUAAAACUAAACAACACAUAACAAAAAUUUUGGAAGCAAUAAAAAGUGAUGAUACUUAAAAAAAACAUCAUAUACAAAAAAUAAUGUUUAAGAAAACUAAAGAGAGUAAAUUGUAUGUUUAGAUUUAAUAAGAUAUGCACUCUUAUGAUACAAUACAAAAAAUGAAAGUAAAUAGAAUGAUAUAUGAUACUGUAUGGAAUAAUACAAAACAAAUAUUAAAUUAUGUGAUGCGCUGAGGAUAUAAUGCAAUUACUGUACAUAGAAGAUGUUGGGAUAUGAUGCAAACAACCAGCUUGUAAAGUUCAUAAUGGUUAGUAAGCUUGUUGCAGUACUCUAUAACAUCAAACAGAUCCAUGUCUGACUUUAAAAGGUCCUCAAUCAACCCCGUUACGCAAAUAAGCUAUGGUAAACAGUAGCCACUAAGAUACACAUGGAUGCUGAAAUACACCAGGUGAAUGCAGCAAAUCUUCACUAGAGAUUUACACACAGAGUUGGCCGAAGAACAUCAAGCAUACAGCUUCACUCACAGACACUAUAUCUUGCACGUAUGUACAUAAUAUUGCAGUGACAGCUAUCAUAACAAAGCACCACCCAAACUGGUUUACCGUGCGCCCCGUGUAGACGGGGAGACAAACUGUAAAAACAGCUGUCACUAAUUAUAGGAUUAAAAUCUACAGCCCGAUCUUACAAAGUAUUAGCUAAUAAUGAUGCUGUCUCCUGAACCACACACACACACCUCCUCUAUAAAGGGAAUGGAUUUAGUGAACAGCAUUAAUGAAAGACCUGCCUCGGUGAUCAAAUGUUUGCCUGAGCUGUCACUAUUUAUUCACACGGGUAAAGUGUCGGCAUGAGUUACUGUUACAGAUGGAAACCUAACUAGUGUCAAAACAAGACUAGCUUUCGAGCAAACUAAUAUGUUAACCAUACACACUCUAGGCUGGAUAGAUCUUCCAUUCACUCACAGGGUUACACAGAUAAACUUCAGUUAAUUGGAUGGACUUUAAGAUGAUAUUUUAACACCACUUCUAACUGCAUUUUUAUUUAUAUCUAUUCCUCCUCACAUUCCUCAUGUUGUGACAAAUGCAGAGAUCCUGGGUGCGCUGCUGUCAGUCAUCACCAUCUGGCUGGUGACUGGACUGUUGGUUUAUCUGGCCGUGCUUCGCCUCAUCAAUGAUGACUACACCGUCGAUGGCACCAUCAUGCUCAUUACAUCUGGUUGUGCUGUGAUCGCUAAUAUAAUGUAAGUAAAAUAACCUUUUUUUUUUUAAAGAAACUUUUAUUUGUUUAGAACUUUUAGGUUUUUAAUACUUUUAUUAUAUCUUCCUAAAAAGCAUGGCCAUUAUACUACACUACUCUGGCGAUGGCCACAGUCACGGGGGUCUACACUUGCAUAGUCACCAACACGGUCACAAAGAAGGAAAUGGACACAUGAAAACCUCAACCAAUCCUGAUUUAAAUGAGGAGCAGCAACAUAUGGAACAAAACAGUGUUGGUCAAGGUAUGUUCCUUGUGUUCCAGUCCAUAUUUCAUCUGUUACUAAGUGAAACCAAACCCUUUAUCCUAACUCUAACUCUAGUCACCCUGGUCUUACCCAACUCACUCUUACUCCUCUUACCCUUACUUUAAAAAUCUAACUCAUCUUUAACCCCCUAAACCCAAACUUUAACCUUCGGGAUCUAACAGAAAAACUUUAUAUUUCCAGGACAAAGGACUAAGCAGGCCAACGCCAGCAUGCAUGCAGCUUUUGUCCAUGUGCUGGGAGAUCUUCUCCAGAGUGUCUCUGUUUUUAUCAGUGCCAUCAUUAUAUUUUUCAAGGUAAUAAUGAGACCAUCAGCGACAAGACUAACCAUUUUGAUAUUGUGAUUUUUAAAGGGAUAUUCCAGCGUAAAAUUAACUUAGGGUCAAACACACUGUAACAGAGUUAGAUACCCCCUCGAGAGAUGAAUGUUGCAGACCGCUUGCUUCUCUAGUUAUACCAACUUUAGUGAUGACCGCAUGAUAGCAAUACACGCAGUCUCACCUCAACCAAAACGCCACUCUAUAGCCACAAAUAAUGCUCAGAACAGCACCUAACUUUAUCAACGGUACAUAUAGGGUCCCAGCCAGAGCACUUUAACUUUGCCAGAUUUCUUUAGCAAAGAGACUAAACACAACUCACCUACUCUCUUCCAGCAUCCGCUAGUUUUUAGCCAGACUUUUACCAGUCCCUCAUUGACUCAAGAGGUAUAAAUUAUUCAUAAUAAAUGAUACAUCCAUGAUACACAAAUGAAACUUAUUUAUCCACAAGGGGGCACCAAAAUUGACUCCAACCAAACGUUCCUCACAGAAGCUUUAAAGAGCCACAGACAUGAACACCUUGAUUCUCGUUUCUUUCAGCCUGAAUAUAAGAUAGCUGAUCCCAUCUGCACCUUCCUGUUCGCCAUUUUCAUUUUGUGCACAACCGUCACCAUCAUGAGGGACAUUCUUCUCGUCCUGAUGGAAGGUAGGAACCAAAAAAAGUUCCUUUUCUACAUUGUUUUUUCACCCGGCACGCCGAAUGAACUCUUCCUCUUUCUUUUUUUUUUUUUCUAUCAUGACUCAGGUACUUCUGCUGGUGUGAAGUAUGGGGAAGUGCGGGAUCAUGUGCUGUCAGUGAAGGGUGUGACAUCCAUCCACAACCUCCACAUCUGGGCUCUCACCACGAACCAGGCUGUACUAUCUGCACAUGUGGCCAUAGGUGAGGAGAAACCUUUAAAGUAUGAGCUGUCUCCACUUUCAUAAUGCUCUGAUAACAGCUUGUUUUUGAGUGCUAAAUACGCAUGCAUAUUUUAAGCUCCUUCCCUCUCCUGAUAGUUUUCCUCGAUUCUUUAAAACUUAAAAAAGAGGAAAUAUCUCUCCAGUUUUAAUCCCUCCAACAGUUCUGCUUUCGAGUGUAAAAUAAGCUCAAACACCAUCUGUGAAUGGGUGAUGCAACCUCAAGGGGCUCUUCGCAUGCCUCUGGAUGUUUUUCUCUUUCGUUCUUUUCUUUUCUCGCUGAAGGGAGCGCUCGGCUUUUAAGGCACAUAAUAAAUAUUCAACAUGAAAACAAAAGGUGACUAACAUGUUUAUUUCCUUUUCCUUUGUCUGCCUCUCUCCUCCACAGAUGAGUCGGUGGAUUCUCAGGCGGUCCUCAGAGAAAUAACACAGGCUUGUUUCUCCUCCUACAACUUCCACUGUGUUACGAUUCAAAUGGAGAGAGAGUCCGACCAGAAGGCUGGGUGUAAACUGUGUGAGGACCCACAGAUGUAGAAACCUGAAACAUGAACCCAGCAGAACAUGGUCAAGCCACAUCAUGUCAUGAUAUGACGGUUUUAAAUUGUUGUGCACUGUUUGGACCACGCUCAAGACACUGUAGAUAUUUUACACUUAACAGCAU